AGGAACAAAGCAGGCGGUACGUCUGGAGAAAAAGAAGGAGUGUCCCGCGACUAAGCGAUGGGCCAAGUGCAGACCGUCGACGAGGCGGCCAUUGGCGGUGACUCCGCAGAAGCGACCGCCAGAUCCACGACACAAGCCGAGGACUGUCGCGUCCUGACAGCAGCCGAUGAGGAGCCCGCUGCCACGACGUCCACCCGGCCAGAGGAGGCGCCGCCCGAUGCGGCGGCCGACCCCCCGCCGGGACCCGCGGAGCCCUCGGCCGAGCCCGAGGCGACUUCGAAGACCGCUCUGCCUUCGCGCGUCGAGAUGGGUGAUGUCGCGGCCAAGGCUCGCAGCGGACGCCGCGCUGCCAGGACGGCGGAGGGAUUCGGAGGGAACGCGCCAGCGUCUGUCCCUCGUCCGAGGAGCAAAGAGCAGCGGGGCGACCGGCAGGGACGACCGAGGACCCGAAGGACACAUCGGUCGCGUCUCUCUAGGACGCCGACUCCGGUCGCGCUGAUGGUCCCGGGUGCACUGGCCACAUCGAACGAGCCCGCACCUGCACCGCUCGCCCUGACGCCGAGCGAGGACGAGGAAAUGGCCAUCGGACACGUCAGUCCGCUAGCGCCCCGGGCCACAGUCGUUGCCGGCGGUACGCGUUGGUGGAGAGUGGCGUGCACCGCGACCAUCCUCGGCUGCUUCGUGGUCAUCGUGGCGAUGCUGGCCUACGGCACCAUCAAGAGCGUUGGCCACCAGGAUCGAGUCAUCGAGCACUUCGAGAACUGGACGCUCGCCAGAAUAGCGAGACGGGCGUCACCAGCUAAUGCCUCCACGACAAGCGAAAUCACCGCGGUAGCGACGUCCACCGCUGAUGCCGUGACCUUCGAAGAGGUCGAUGGCAGUAGCUCUACUGCAAAUCACGCGCAGUCAGUCCGCGUAUGAUGUUAUGCACUCGCGUGCCUUUCUUUUUUUUGGCAAAAGUAAAGGAAGUGAACCGUA